AUGGCUUCGACAUUUGAUGUACCACCUUCCAGUCUUCAUGACAAGGAUACUCAACCCUUCCCUACCUCGAACCAGCAAGCACCAACCUCAGCCUUCAACUCGGAUCAACUUCCUGCCACACUGUCGCGUGUGGAUAGCGACUCACUCUCCCCUAUCAACUACCUCGAGACACCCGAUUCCACCUCAAGCUUGGGUCACUACCAAGCAAGUGACUUCAGCGAUUUAGACGACGACCCUUUCUUUGGUGCCGACUUCAACGCUGAUGGAGGUGCUCCCAACUUCCUAGAACAGGACUUGAAUGGACUGGACCAGUCCUUUACUCCAGGCCUUAUGCCAGAUAAAGACGUGGACUCUGGCACAUAUCCAUUGACGCCCGAGCAGACGGCAUCUGUUCAUGCUACACCACCUCAGGGUGAUCUCUCAUACGCUAUCAAAGGAUCUGCACCAUCAGCACUCCCCAACUGUAUCUCGCCCCAAGAGAUUCAAAAACGAUUCAACCCUCACCCAAUUAACACACAAACGUCUGAGUUGACGCCAAGUCACAGUAGCAGCUGCCGAUCUAGUGAGGACGGCCUUGCACCAGGUAUCGCUACCAUGACGAGCCCUCGUGUUACUGUCUCCAUGUGGGGCAACCAUGAUGAGACUCCCGUUCAUACCUCUGUUGAGCGCAGUUUUGAAGACAGCCCCACCACAGUCCGCGGAGGUUUUGAAUAUGCCGGAGAUUUGAUAUCUCCCGGAGACAACUCAUCUGUCCGUGACUCUGCUGGCAGAUGGCAGCAGAACCCAUCAACAGGCCAAUCUGGUCUUGACCCCAACAACCGCCCCUCCAAUGAAGUGCCAAGCAUCAAUGAGCUCGCAACUCGUCGAGAUGACGACGAACGUAAAGAAAUGGUGGGUGAUUGGCUGGCCGACAAGAUGAACGACCUCUCAGUGAAGCCAGACGACAACUCACGAGACCAAAUCAACGAACUGGACAGCCAACGAGACGAUCCACAUGACCAUGUGAUUCCCUUUGGCCGGGAGACUGAGAAUAAGUUCGUUCCCGGCCAGACCUACUACCGUGCCCAGGGCGAAAUGAACCAACAAGACCGCGACAUCAUUGCUGCUAACCGUAACUGGGCGGACGCACCUAUGUUCCCUUGUAUCAGCCGUGGAGAGCCGGGAAGAAACCAACCUGAGUCGUCAGCUGCUGCCAUGGAGAGAUUCGAGAGGAUGUGUCGUGAUACUGAUUCUAUUCUUUCGAGAGCAGCAACGUGGGGAACCCGUCGGCGAAGUCUCCCUAGUGUCUUCGAUCUUGAUAUGACCGACGGCACUAGUGGUGGCAUUCUGAAGAAGCUCUCAAGCAGUCGAGAGAGCAGGUCAAGCAAACCGGGAAGCCUCCUAAGGGAUCUUCGAGGACUGGUGCGGCGACCCAGCGCGUCUCGUCUCAAGCGUACUCUCAGCAGUGGUAACGACGAGGAGAGCUUACCAAGCAGUGAAGGUAGAGGGAGCCAAGACUCGAAGCGUGAUAGUAUUUCCAAGCGAGGAGACAGCGUCUCUCACCUUGCACCACCAAACCGCAUAGGUAGCUGGGGUAAGAAGCCCAUGCCUUCUAUCAACACAGCGAUUGCUUCCAUGGGGAGCAAUAUUGCAUCCAUUGGAACUACGCAUGCUCGAAGCGGCUCUGUUAGUGGCAGCGGUACCCCUGGAGGCUCUAUCACAUCACCCAAGAGCCCCUUUAGUGGCCUUUCCGUGAAAAAGUCGAUACGUCGCCCCCGAAGCAAGUCCGAGCUUCCUAAAGCCACCCCGGUUGGAAUGCAGACAGAAAGCCAUCCCACUCUCGUAUCGAUGUGGAAGCGUGAGACGGGAGGCCCGCCUGUAGCAGCCCUAGCCAAAACAAAACAUGCCGACUUGGAUGAUGAUGAUGACGACGACGACGAUUUCAGCGAUGAAGCUGAUAUGAGGACGAACCCCAACAUCAUUGACAACAUCACCCCCAAUCUCGAAGGGUUCCAGCAACACAUCAUUGACCUGAACCCUGGCCUGGCGACUUCCAACACUUUUCUGGUUGACCGCAUCGCAUACCACCAGGUUCAGCGAUACAAAUACUUACUGAAGAACAAGGUUGCUCAUAUCGGCCUUGGUGCUGCAUGCAACUCUGGAAUAAUGUGCGUUUCUAGAGGCGGCUCUGCUACCUUGUUGGACCAGAACAAGAACGUACGAGAGCUAGAUCCUCUUUCAUCACCAAACGAUGAUGAGGAUGGUUCUCCAGUUGAAGGUGCUAUCAAUACCGAGAGCUUCCCCCAAGAUAUUCCAAUGCCCCCAACUUCUCACCUUCCAGCUGAGUUUGAGUGCCGACUUUGCUUCGCUGCCAAGAAGUUCAUGAAACCAUCUGACUGGACUAAACACGUCCAUGAAGAUGUUCAGCCUUUUACUUGCACUUGGGACAAAUGUCCCGGACCAAAGAUGUUCAAACGCAAAGCUGAUUGGGUACGACACGAAAACGAAGGACACAGGCAGCUUGAGUGGUGGACUUGCGAUGUUGAAGCCUGUCAUCACCAGUGUUAUCGUCGUGAUAAUUUCCUUCAGCAUCUUGUUCGAGAGCACAAGUACCCUGAGCCAAAGGUCAAGAGCAAAGCUGCCGUCAAGAAGGCGGGCGGCUCUGAGCCGACAUGGCAAAAGGUUGAACAGUGUCACCACGAGACUACGAAGAAGCCACACGAUGAGCCGUGCCGUUUCUGUGGAAAGACAUUCCCGACAUGGAAGAAAUUGACGGUCCAUCUGGCCAAACAUAUGGAGCAAAUAUCAUUGCCCGUACUCCGACUGGUAGAUGCAAAAGCCAGUGAACUGAGUGCAGACACUGUUAUUAGCCCAGUACAGGACCCUCCGCCACGCAACAUAUUGACCACGCCUAUUCAGACUAAUAUGCCGACGCAAUAUCCCGUGGGAGGACAACACCAACAGAUUCCGCAGGCAACUCCACAGAUCUAUGAGAACCACAGCCAGAACCAAAUGGCAUAUCCUGUGAUGCCAACGGAGGCCUACCACCACCAACAGCAGCAGCAAGGAUUCUACACUGACCAGUAUACCAAUGCCAGCAACGCCCCCCAUAACUUUCCCUCGACACACGCAGAGAUGGGAAUGCAUCCGAUGAACAACCAGAGCUUUAAUACUGCACCCAUGCAGGAAAUGGUUGCGAGCAGUGCUGGCUACCAGCAAAAUGCCUUUAUGAUGCCAAAUAGUGGGCUGGAGACAUAUAAUCAAAUGAACCCCCUAGGGCUUCAAAGCCAUGCAAUGCCCAUGGGACAAAUGGGACCGAUGGUGUAUGAUGGGAUUACAGACCCUUCGAGUGGAAAUGGGAGUCCUUUCAGUGGACAAGGAUCCAUGUCGCCUUACUCUCACUCUCCAAAUCUGAAUGCCAACACUGGUAACGGUAUGUGGGGUGAUAGACGCAUGGCUGGAUACCAGUAA